AUGGCAUUGAAUAGCAGUGUGACUGAAUUCAUUCUGUUUGGGUUGACACAGGAUGCAGGAAAGAAGAAAGCAAUAUUUGGGGUCUUCUUGAUGUUUUACCUUGCCACACUGUUGGGGAACUUUCUUAUUGUAGUGACUAUUAAAACAAGCAGGACCCUUGGUAGUCCUAUGUACUUCUUCCUAUUCUAUCUGUCCUUUGCUGAUGCCUGCCUCUCUACAACUAUAGCCCCCAGAUUGAUUGUGGAUGCCCUUUCUCGGAAGAGGACCAUUUCCUACAGUGAAUGCAUGACUCAGCUCUUUGCAUCCCACUUCUUUGGGUGCAUGGGAGUCUUUGUGCUCAUCCUCAUGGCUUUUGAUCGCUAUGUAGCCAUUUGUAAGCCCUUGCGAUACACAACCAUCAUGAGCCACCAAGUCUGUCAUGUGCUGGUGAUUCUAAGCUGGGUGGGAUCCUGUAUCCACGCCUCAGCACAACUUUUCCUGGCUUUGAGAUUGCCUUUCUGUGGCCCAAAUGUGAUUGACCACUAUUUCUGUGACUUGCAGCCCUUAUUGAAACUAGCCUGUAUGGAUACUUAUGUGAUAAACUUGCUAGUUGUUUCCAACAGUGGAGCCGUAUGCAUGGUAGGUUUCAUAAUUCUACUUAUCUCCUAUGUUGUCAUUUUGUACUCUCUGAGAAACCACAGUGCAGAAGGAAGGCGAAAAGCUCUUUCCACCUGCACCUCCCAUUUUAUUGUGGUUGUCCUAUUUUUUGGUCCAUGUAUAUUCAUGUACACACGCCCAGCAACCACAUUUACAAUAGAUAAAAUGGUGGCUGUGUUUUACACAAUUGGGACACCUUUGCUCAACCCUCUGAUCUAUACACUGAGGAAUGCGGAAGUGAAAAAUGCCAUGAAAAAGUUAUGGUGUAGCCAAGUGUGA